GCACAUACACCGACAAGCCGAGCAGCGAGCACACCGCCUCCAUUGCGAUCUGCGAGUUGCGACGGGAGGACCGGAUAAGCCACGUCACUCCUCCGCCUGUUCUGCGCUGUUUCUCCGUCGAAAACACCACAAACAAAGCAAAACUUCCAAUGGCCGAACCGGCGGCGGCGCCCGCCGGGAUCGACCCGCGCAGCGGAUUCUUCGCGGCCACGCGGACCUUCCACAGCGUCCGCUCCGCCUCGGCGGGCGCGCUGCCGCCGGAGGCGCUCCCGGUCACGGCCGCGGCCUACGCCUUCUCGCUGCUCGCCUCCCCGCUCCCCGACCGCCCCGCGCUCGUCGACGCCUCCACCGGCAUUGCCGUCUCCUACCCGUCCUUCCUCGCCGCCGUCCGCUCCCUCGCGGGCGGCCUCUGGUCCUCCCUCGGCCUCCGCCCCGGGGACGUGGCGCUCGUCGUCGCGCCCUCGCGCCUCGACGUCCCCGUGCUCCACUUCGCGCUCAUGUCCAUCGGCGCCGUCGUGUCCCCCGCCAACCCGGCCUCCACCCCCGAGGAGUACGCGCACCAGGUCGCCCUCUCAAGGCCCGUCGUCGCCUUCGCCGCGCCCGAGGUCGCCGCCAAGCUGCCCGCCCACGUCAGGUCCGUCGUCCUCGGGUCCGAUGCGUACGAGAGGCUGGUGUCUGCAGGCGCGGGGUCCGCUCCCCCGCCGAUGGCGGUGAAGCAGUCAGACACGGCGGCCGUGCUCUACUCGUCGGGAACGACCGGCAGGGUGAAGGCCGUCGCCAUCACGCACCGCAACCUCAUCGCACUGAUGUGCACGCACUCCGAGAACCGGAAGAGGGCGGCAGCGGAGGCCACCGAGGCGGGCGAGGAGCCGCCGCCGCCGGCCGUCACGCUGCUCCCGCUCCCCCUGUUCCACGUCUUCGGGUUCAUGAUGGUCCUGCGCUCCGUGUCCAUGGGGGACACGACCGUGCUCAUGGAGCGCUUCGACUUCGGUGCCGUGCUGCGGGCGAUAGAGCGGUACCGCGUCACGCUGCUGCCCGCGGCGCCGCCGGUCCUGGUGGCCAUGAUCAAAUCCGAGGAGGCGCGCCGCCACGACCUCUCGUCGCUCCUCGUCAUCGCUGUCGGCGGCGCGCCCCUUGGCCGGGAGGUCGCCGAGCGCUUCGCCGCUAUCUUCCCCAGCGUCCAGAUUGUUCAGGGCUAUGGUCUGACGGAAUCAUCUGGCGCUGUCGCCGGGACGGUAAGGCCGGAGGAGUCCAUGAAGUACGGCUCCGCCGGCAAGCUGGGGUCGCACCUGCAGGCGAAGGUAGUCGAUCCGGCUACCGGCGAGGCGCUCGGGCCGGGCCAGCGCGGCGAGCUCUGGAUUAGGGGCCCACUCGUCAUGAAAGGUUAUGUUGGCGAUUACAAAGCAACUGCAGAAACAGUGGACUCAGAUGGCUGGCUGAAAACUGGCGACCUUUGCUACUUCAAUGAAGAUGGAUUUCUCUACAUUGUUGAUCGUUUGAAGGAGUUGAUAAAGUACAAAGGAUACCAGGUGCCUCCAGCUGAACUGGAGCAUAUUCUAACAUCACAUCCUGGAAUUGCUGAUGCUGCAGUUAUCGGAUAUCCAGAUGAAGAUGCUGGGCAAGUGCCAAUGGCUUUUAUAGUGAGGCAACCAGGUUUAAACCUUACUGGCCAACAAGUCAUAGAUUACGUGGCUAAACAUGUUGCGCCCUACAAGAAAGUCCGCCGAGUGGCCUUCGUAGCGGCAAUACCCAAAUCUCCUGCGGGGAAGAUCUUGCGGCGGGAGCUUGUGCAGCAGGCCAUGUCCAUGGGUGCCUCCAAGCUUUGAGAUGUAAUUCGCUGUGCAGAUUUAGACGAUUUCUUUUUAGAGAGGAGGCGCUUGCCCGGCUUUAGCAAACUGAAGCCCUUAUAGCGUUCAUAACAAGGAAUAAAAAAGGUAACAAAAAUAAAAGGAUACAACACUAUUCUUGUCCGAAAAAUUGAACCUCAAAUGCUCACCCUAUUUCCCUGUAAACACCGUGUAGCCCUUGGGACGAAAUGUAAUUUCUUUUGAGUGAAGAGGGUGCAAGGAUCGUUCGUUCGUGCAGAGUCUGAUAGAACAUGUCUGUUGCAAGGAUGGUUGAAAAGCUAUUUGCUAUUGAUGAAUUCACUCAGGUUUGUCAUCUGA